GGCAGUAAUAAACAAAGAUGGCGGUGUGCAGUUUUAUUGCUUCCUAGACUGACUGUGAAUUUGAGACGUUACAAUGAAUGUCUUCCUGCAAUAACCAGAACAUUUACAACAUGCAUCAUUUUUUGUCAGUCCCGUUUUGGUCACUUUAGUUGUCAGGUUGUAAAAUGAGCAGCUGGGCAGGUUUUUCUGAUGAGGAGUUACGGAGGAUGCAGCAAAAGGACUCUGCUGGGGUUGCUCGCGGUCGGAAACCGGUUCCGGCUAACCGGAGUCGGCAGCAGUUACAGCGAGAGAAGGCGCUGCAGUUAGCCGCUCAGAAAAGCGCUGGAGCAGGAUCCCCGGUCCUUCCACCAGAGCAGCAACUCACCAAACCGCCGCAGAAGGAAGAGCCAGAGCCAACGACCGAGUCAGGAGCUCCGACUGACGAGGAGAAAGUGCAGCAGAAGCCCGCUGAGACAAAACCAGACGAAAACCAUGAGCCAGCUGCAGAUGAUUGUCACCCGCCUGUCCAAGAGCUGGAGAAACAAGAGGUGGAACUACGGGAAAAGACGCGCCUCGAGCAACUGCAGCAAGAGCGUAAAUUAAUCGAAGAGAAUAAUAAACGUAAGAAGGCUCUACUGACAAAGACUAUCGCGGAGAAAUCCAGACAGACUCAGGCAGAGGCUGUGAAACUGAAAAGAAUCCAGAAAGAGCUGCAGGCCCUUGAUGAUAUGGUGUCUAAUGAUAUUGGCAUCCUUAGAGGAAAGAUAGAGCAAGCCAGCUGGGACUACACUGCUGCAAGAAAGCGUUAUGAGAAGGCGGAGGCUGAGUAUGUGAUGGCUAAGCUGGACCUGCACAAGAAAACAGAGGUGAAGGAGCAGCUGACAGAGCACCUCUGUGCUAUCAUCCAGCAGAACGAGCUGCGCAAAGCCCUCAAGCUGGAGGAACUGAUGCAGCAGCUGCAGCUUCAGGCCACUGAGGAGGAGUUGGAGAAGCAGAAGGAAAAAGAAGAGAAGAGGAGAAACUGUAUGGAGACACAGAGAGAGGAGAAAGAAGAAAUUGGUUCAGUGGAGAAUCAGGGGGAAAUGGUGCUAUCAACCAGAGACUGUAAACCCACAGCUGAAGAGAUUGUGAAGAGAGAGAGCAGAGGUGCUAUCCAGCUAGACUACAAACCUAUGAUGGAAGAUGCUUCCAUCAUACUGAACAAGACUGUAUAACAUCAGAAAACUGUCUACAAAGUGAAAUCGUAGCCUCCUGAUCAGCAGAGAGGAAAGACACUCAUAUGAGGAUAUUAUCUUAUAUUGUCCACUCUAAAACUCUAAUACUAAUGUUUUCCCACUAGUACUGUCAGAUUGAUGAAAUGUGUUUAGUUCUGGGGGAGACUGUUCAUCUAAUGCAACGUAAUACUAUUUUGAUAAUGAUGAAAAGGAGUCUGCAUAACCCUGUCCCCAAAAAUACAUUCUUAUGCUACUAAAUGUUUUUGCCUAAGAGGAAGCAUAGUUGCUACCUGAAUUCUAUUUGUAGCAGUUGCCCAUGGAAACACCAGCAGGUAGUCAGGUUGAAUGGGGCGAACAAACCCAGGUAUUGUAUCCCAUGUGUUAAAGUUAACUGGAGAUCAGAAAUUUAAAAUGUUUUGAUCAACUCACAAUCUUCUGGAAAAUUUCAAAAUUGAAUUGAUUGUAUACAUAAACUCAAGAUUAAACAUGAUUCAAAAAUAUUUUUAUUCAGUGAAACUUCAGACCUUGCCUAGUAACAAGGGCUGUAUGUGCAAGAUCAAUAACAAAGCACCACUAGCAAGACUGUUUAUUUAUUAUUAUUAUUAUUAUUAUUAUUAUUAUUAUUAAUAAAAAUAAUAAUAAUAAUAAUAAUAAUAAUAAUAAUAAUAAUAAUAAUAAGCAGGUUCUUUAGUUGUCAGUUUUUACAAACAGUGGUCUGGCUUUAUAAAACCAUUUACACCUUUCCGGUUGUAAUUUAUCCUCGUCUACAGCAACAUUUAUUUAUUUGUGUUUGGCUGGUAAAGCUCCAAUCAUGUAUCUCAAUAACCUGAUAAAGCAUUUAUAUCUUCAUAGAAACACAAACAUUUUAAUCGGCAAAUCAAUUAGAGACGUAACUUUAGCCUAUAGCAAUACUUUCAUUAUGGUUUGACUAAUGUCAUGGUAGUAACAUGCCACCUUUGACCAUUUAAUUUUUGACCACAUGACAACCUACACCUAACCUUGGUCAAGGUCCUGCACUUCCCUAAAUAUAGCAUUACAUUAAUGCCUUUCAUGAGCAGCUUUGGAAAGCAAGGAAAGGAAGUGUGUUGGUAGUGAAGAAUACUGACGUUAGCAACAGGGACAGGUAGCAGAUGUGACAGACCCACAAUACUGUAUUUUCCUUGUUUGUGUAAUGUUGAAAUUUUGUUUCUAAUAUCAGUUCAUUUAUUUAUUAUCAUGUUUUGUAAAAGAAAAAAAACAGUCUGGAUGGCUACACGUUUCUUCCAAAAUGUAAUCACUAUUGCAAAGAAGUAGUCAGUUACAGUAGUUUUUAGCAGACAGGGUUGGUGUUUUGCACAAAGUGACAAAAGCUGCUAAGGAACAUGUGACCAGAUUUGCAAUCUUCUGUAAGUUUUUGAUCAGAUAUUUUGAGAUUUAAAUCUUGAUUGUGUCCAUUUAAUUCAGGUAUUUCUCGUGAGACUGCUUUAAUUAGGACAUGUUGCACGGAGAACUGGUGUCUUAAAACUGUAAAGUCAAGAUGUCAGAGGCAAAGGAUUGUUAUGGUAUUGGUAGAAACUUGUGUAUUGCCAAAAUUUCAAAUGAUACCCAGUCCUUCAUCUGGACCUGCAGGAUCAGUCAGAAUCGUGUUCAGCGGCAGAGUAAAUCACAAAAGUAUCUUGUAGCCAUUACCCUCAACUGGCCAUUUUUUAUGUGUGCCUUCUUAAAAAAGGACCGUCUUCCAAAAUUGUGGCUUUACAUCAUGUGAAUUAAAUCACAGAGCAAAGGUUGAAUUCGAAAGAUGGCUGUUGUGAAAGAUUGGUUCCAUUUGUUUCCUGGAAAACUCUCUGUUUCAUGCAGACUCGCAAAGCAUGAAUCCAUUUCUGUUCUAAACAUAAACCUUCCUGACUUAUGCGAUGUCGAUGAACUUGUUGGGCUGCGCCGGGCUCAUCUUUCACAAAGCUAAUUCUCAUCUUGUAAGUGCAGCUGAGGAGUAGUGGCCCUCUGAAUGGUAAGAUGAUAUGUUAAUGUAUGUACAGAUGCUUUCUGCUACAUGUGUUUGUGCAUAUUUACAGGUUUUACUUUCUCUUGCUGCACAUGAAAAAACAUGUCAGAAAUAAUUUACAAUGGUCUAAUGAAAAUGUAGAAACUGCUCGCCUGGCCAAAGUCUGAUUCAUUAAUUUGUAUAUUCUUAAGCACAAAAAAUUUAUUUAAAUGUGAUGAAUAUUUAAAAAAGGUUGUAUUUAGAUUUCCACUACAGGGUGAUACUUCGUUGAAAUAAAGAAACAUAUUUUCAUA